UAUUUUCUGUAUUUGCUACUUUUAUGAAUUAACCAUUUUCGAGUUUUUUUUGUAGUGAAUCUAUGUAGUGUUAUCGAGUAUUGUGAGCUUUGAGUAAUAAACUAGUAACUUAUUAAAUGUUAUAUUAAAGUGUUAUACUGAGAUAAAUUAUUUUUUAUUGUGUUUAAUUAGUUAUGUUUAAAGUGUUCAGGCAUUCUACUGUUAGCGUAAACUAAUCUAUACGGUAAACAUAAAAUCUAUACAAAUCGUCCAUUCAUCGUUUUCAAAUAAUCCAUCAAUAAAAGAAAUGAAGAAGGCAGAAGAUCUAAAAAAAAGUCGAUACGGUCGAAUAUCUAAUAAGAGAAACUUUAAUGAAGAGCUCGAUUUAUCUUUAGGUGAGUCCUAUCGCACAAUAAAUUUUAUAUUGAACAAAAAAAGCAAUGGAAAAUCCUCUUCAACAGCCUCAAAUAAUACAAGUAAUGGCAAAAGGAACGUAUUUAACAUCGGUGAUAUGGUGUGGGCAAAGACAGGGAAAUAUCCAGUAUGGCCAGGAAUUGUAAUGACAGAUCCAGAGACAAAUAAGUUUUCCAAAAAUAAGAAUAUGGUACCUAUGUUGCAUAUCUACUACUGUAAUGAUGCUUACAAAAGAAAUUGGAUUAAAGUGAAACAAAUUUCAAAAUUCUCUGGUAAAGAAGAAAUAUUAGCUGAAAUUCCAAAAAUAUUAACACAAAUUUCUCGCAGUAAAUUAAAAAUUAAAUGGAAUCGAGCUGUCGAGGAAGCUGAAUGUUUAGCAGCGAUGAACAAAGAUAAGCGUAUAAGCUCAUUUUUUGCUAACAACUUUUUUACAUCUAAUUCAUCAUCGACUAAUGAGGCAGGAUCAUCCACUGAACGGACCACUCCUAACCAGCAACCUAGUGUGUUAGUAAUAAAUCACAAUGGUGACCAACCACAAGAUGAGUCUAGUCAUGAAGAGGAAAUAUUGACAGAAAAUAAUUCAAAAGAUCACCCCCGCCAUAUAAUUCCUGAGUUAUGUCGUCAAUUCUAUAAUAAUAAAUGGGUUACUGGUACUGGAGGUGGAAUAAGCAUUAAAUACAAUGACCAAAUUUUUAUUGCCCCAUCUGGUGUACAAAAAGAACGUUUAGAAUCUGACGAUCUUUUUGUUCAAGACCUGAAUGGCAUUGACAUAUUGACCCCCAAAUCUGAAAAAAAAUUAUCAAAAAGUCAGUGCACUCCAAUAUUUAUGUGUUCUUAUAAUGAACGCAAUGCAGGAGCUGUGAUACAUGUACAUUCACAAAAUGCAGUAAAAAUAUGUAUGUUAAAUCCAGAAAAUGAAUUAAGAAUAACUGGCUAUGAAAUGAUCAAAGGAAUUUUCAAUGAAAAAACGGGGAAAUUCUAUGAUAACGAUGAAGAGCUUAUUAUACCAAUAAUUGAAAAUUCAAAAUAUGAGAAAGAUUUAGUUGACACUUUUAAAAUGGCCCUGACAAAAUAUCCUAGUACUUCUGCAGUUUUGGUCCGCAACCAUGGAAUGUACGUAUGGGGCAGAGAUUGGCAGUCAGCUAAGACACAACUGGAAUGCUAUGAUUAUUUAUUCAAAACAGUAAUUUUCAAGAAGAUACAUCAUCUUUAA